CUAUCUCCCUCUUGAACACAGAACCCUCCUACUUCUAUUCGAACCUAACCCAACCAUCCCUCUUGAUCACAUAAUUACCCUCCUCCUUCUCAGGUGGUCCUCCUUCUAUUCGAACCUAACCCAACCGUCCCUCUUUAUCUCCCUCUCUCCUCUUCACAAAUCUUGAACCCCAAAUCUUUCCUCUUCACAAUCUCGAACCCAGACCUGUCUUUCCUCUUAACCUUGAACCCACAUGACAGACCUUCACGCAAAUCUCGAAGCCGACGCGAAUCAAGUCCCAAAAUCAAGGGUGUUGGCCUUCGAGAGCAAGGCAGAGCCUGAUCUUAGUGUUACUGUUAAUGGGUUGCACAUGCCCAACCCGUUCGUUAUCGGGUUGCCGCCCUGGACUAACUAUACGGUGAUGAAGAGGGCCUUUGAUGAAGGCUGGGGUGCUGCGAUUGCCAAAACUUCCGGCGGCGCAGAACUGGAAUUCAACUGUUGCAGACCAAGCUUCGGAUUAUUUUUCUGCCACAUCGUGAAUUGUUUGUAAAUUGCAGCAUAGUAGGAACUACAGAGUUCAUUUAUGAUCUUGAUGACGCAUCCCCCGAGGUCAUGGCCUACUUAGAGGGGACCUUAGCAAGCCGGUACAAAAAUUGGAAGAACAAUUUUCACAAUCAUUUUAAGAAAUGGGAUAAUCUGGAGAUUGCUCGCUUACAUGUUCCAAGCGAAUUGAAUGACCGGCCAGAGGAUUGGGAGUGGCUUUGCAAGCAUUUUACGGGCCCAGACUUUGUGAAAUCUGUUGCUGGCCAGAUAGCUCGAGUGUCAAAGACACUUCUCCACCAUUCUGGUUCGAAGCCCUUUUCGUAUAGGCUUGAGGAACGACGUCAGGAGGGUUCUAAGUUCCCAGAGAUCGACAUGUUCAAGGACGUUUACGUUCGACUUGGUAAUGAAAUCGUUGAGCAGUUUUAUGAUACUAUGGUGGAAAAGAGCAUUGCUGUUCUCCAAGAAGCAACAUUGCAACUUCCCCCGGAGACUUCGAUCGAGGACGUCAUGGUACCAGAGGAUGUAGGUUUUCAGAUCAUGACUGAAGUCCUGGAUCAGAACCUUGGUCGUCGUCAUGGCCAGGUUGUUCGGGGUAUGGGGAAAUCAUGGGUUCGUGAGACGGGUGCCUUUUCUUCCAGAUUGAACACAUCAUUGAUGGAUGAAGUGACAACCUUAAGGGGUAAGCUUGCGAUCCAGGAAGAGCAGAUGAAGGCCCAGGGCGAGCAGAUGAAAGCGCAGCUGAGGGUCCAGAGCGAAGAGGUGAGGACCUAUGCUGAGACGGUGAGAAACCUUGUACGAGCCAUACAGAUGGCCGGCCUACAAGUCUCGCUACCAGCACCUCAUCUUGAUCCACCUUUGACCUCAGAGCCACCUCACCCUCCCGAUACUCAGUAGCUUGAUGUUUUAAACUUAGUUCACUUGUACUUUUUUCCUUUUUGUUUGGACAUCUUGUAUGUAUACAUUUUUAUAUAUUUUAUAAUUAAAUACUUUUGCUUGGUUAA